AUGAUCGGUUGGGAGGGUGGCUUGACCGUUAUCGCGGUACUGCUCGCCACGCUUCUCUAUCCCAUCGUGGCCAAGAUUCGUCGACGCAGCGACAGACCUCGCUCUGGGACACUUGAAGUCCUCUCUGACGGAAAGGACGCCGAGUUCGACAUCAUCGCGGUCCAUGGACUGGGCGCCGAUCCAGAUCGCACGUGGACGCAAUCUUACUCGGGAAAGAUCCACCUACUUCAAGACUUACUCAAAUCCGACUUUCCAGCAGCCAGAAUCCUGAGUUUCAAGUACAACUCAAACUGGCUUACAGAUGCGCCCGUGAAGACGACCGAGGAGGUUGGAAAAAGACUGCUGGAAGAAAUCAAGGCCAAACGAUCACGCCCACAUCUUCCUAUCAUCUUCAUCGGACACAGUCUAGGUGGCGUCAUUAUCAAGCAGAUUGUUUCGCGGAACUCAGCAGUGCUCCAUGCAGACGAAGUCCACGAUAUCGACACCGAUCAUUCGGGCCUUAACAAGUAUGAGCUGUAUACGCAGUUAAAGGUGGCGAUAGAUAGCCUGAGGGCUCCAUCGCUCCUGAAACAAGCGGACACCCUGAUACGCGACAAGCGCUAUGCACCAAAAGAGCUCAAAAUUGAACGACUCUCGGGUGACCUGCUAUCCAUGGAUCAGUGCUACAUCAAUCUUGCUAUUGUGGAACAUUCUGGCCAAGUCGCAGGUCGCCCAGGGAAAGGAAGCGCUGCGUCCUCUCCAUUUUCUCUUUUCGCCCGAGAGAAAGUCGAAACACCAGACGAGGCAAUCCAGGUCAACUUGGCGACAAUCUUCAACCAUCGCAAAGCACUCGACGGUCGGAUGGUCGAACCUAGAAGAAUUUUGAUCCGAGGACGCGCAGGAGUUGGCAAGACUACAUUGUGCAAAAAGAUAGUCUAUGACUUUACCUAUGGUACACAGACAGAGUUGUAUCGCUCAUGGACUGAACUAUUCGAUCGCGUCCUUUGGGUGCCUCUGCGGAAUCUGAAACCUCGGCACGCUGAUGGAUACACCUACAAUGAUCUUUUCUACCAUGAAUACUUUUCGGGGGAGGGAGAGACAGAUGGCCGCCGUCUUGCCGAGGAACUGUGGCAAGCAGUGAAGGAUCCUCACCGCCGCACAACUUUAUUCAUCCUCGAUGGCUUGGAUGAGAUAUCCCAUGAAUUAGGCCGCGGCGAUGACAUGGCGCGGUUCCUGAAUCUCCUUUUUAAUCAACCCAACAUCAUCAUCACAUCCCGACCAAACGCCAGACUUCCGGUUAACCUCAGAGGUCUCGACUUGGAAUUGGAAACAAUUGGGUUCUACCCAAACCAAGUGAAGGACUAUAUCCAAAACGCCUUCGCCGAUCCGAACACUGGCGAACCGAAUAAGAGAAACGUCGAUAAGGUCCAGUCCUUCCUCCAAAGCCAUAAACUUAUCCAGGGUUUAGUGCGCAUCCCAAUUCAAUUAGAUGCACUUUGUUAUACCUGGGGAGAUAUUCAUCCCGAAACGCCUCUGAGCACCAUGACCGAUAUAUACAACUCCAUAAUGCAAAGGCUGUGGAAGAAAGAUGUCUUGAAACUGGAAAAGCAACAUGAGGGAAAGUCUCUAACGGCCGGCGAUAUUGACCUCUUACAUGUCAAAGACUUGGUCCAGGAUGAGAUUCGUUUCCUCGAAGGCCUUGCUUUCACUGGACUGCACAAUGAUGCGAUAGACUUUCCUUCAGAGCAUCAGGACGCUAUAUCUAAGCACUUCAGGUCCACCGCCCUUAUGCUCAACAAGACGCUUCCACACCUCUCUUUUCUACGAACCUCAGAUCCUUCAUCGAAGAACCCUAGCUACCAUUUUCUGCACCUUACUUUUCAGGAGUAUUUUGCGGCGGGGUAUUUUGUGCGACAUUGGAGAGCCAAACAAGAUCUCAGAUGUCUGGAACUCAACAGAAAGAGAAUCGAGCCCAUCUCUCCGCGCAAGUUUCUUCAGGAGCACAAAUACUCGGCACGUUAUGAUGUCUUUUGGCGCUUUGUUUCCGGCCUUCUUGAAGCGGAAGAAGCGGAAGAGUUACUCAGAUUCUUCAACGAAAUCGAAGCAGAACCCCUCGACCUUUUGGGACCUACGCACCAGCGGCUAGUCAUGCAUUGCUUGAGUGAAGUGCACACUUCGACAAAUUUGCCAAUUCGAUUGGCCCUAGAAAAAAAACUAUCACAGUGGCUGCUCUUCGAGAUCGACCUAUUAAGAAUCUCAUUCUUAGCAAGAGAAUCAGAGUGUCCCGAGAACCUCCUAUGCGCUACUCUAAAAUCUGGGCCUGGCUCCAGAAGAUGGUCAAUUCUACGCGCAAUGACAGAUUCUAGAAGGCAGUUAUCAGGAUCGGCCAUCCAGAUGCUGGUGGCGUUACUCGAGGAAGGCAACAUGGAUUUUCAAUCUGACAUCACCAACGCCUUGGAACAACAGCCCAGCUUACCAGAGGAAGUUAUUACAAGGCUCACAGUACUACUUGGGGAUGAAAACGUUGGUACUCGAAUUUAUGCCAUUCGCAGCCUAAGAUAUCAAUCGGACUUGCCAGAGACAACCGUCACAGUGUUGACAGCACUGCUGAAGGAGGACACUUCUGUCCGAUUCUACGCCGCCGAGGCCCUCCGCAACCAAUCGAACUUACCAGAUGCAACUAUUACAGUACUAGUAAAACUACUCGCGGACAGUGAUUAUACGAUACGAGAUUUUGCUGCCAAUGUCCUUGGGCGUCAAUUAUACUUAUCAGAGGCAAGUGCUGAAGCGCUAAUAACACUAUUUAAGGAUACGGGCCAACAUACCCAAUCCUCUGGCGCCGCAGUCCUGGGGCACCCAUCGAGCUUGCAAGAGGGAGUUGUCGCGAUACUAACAGCACUACUUGCAAAUGAGGACAGUCAUGUCCAAUCUAGCGCCGCUCAAGUCCUAACGAGCCAACCGAGCUUACCAGAGGCAACUAUUACAGCAUUAAUGGCACUGCUUGAGGAUGAGGCAGAGUUGGUCCAAGUCCAUGCCGCCACAGCCCUAGUGAAUCAAUCACGAACCCGAUCGGAUGCAGCUGUUACAAAAUUAACAGCACUGCUUAAGAGCGAGGGAAGUGUUAUUCGAGAACAUGCCGCCGAAGGCCUGAGCAACCUGACAUCAACCUUACCGGAGGCAGCUAUUACACCACUAAUAGCACUGCUUAAGGAUGAGGAAGAGGCCGUUCGAGAACAUGCCGCCGCCGUCCUAGGGAAUCAAUCAUCCACAUUAGCUGAGGCAGUUACUACACCGCUAAUAGCAUUGCUUAAGGAUGAGGGAGAGGCUGUUCGAGAACGUGCCGUUGAAGCUCUAGGGUGGCAAUUAUCAACCUUGCCAGAGUCAGCUAUUACAGCACUGAUAUUACUACUCAACGACGAGGAUAAAUUUGUUCGACAAGAGGCCGUUAAAGGCCUAGGGCAGCAAUCAUCAAUCUUGCCAGAGUCAGCUAUUAUGGCACUAGUAGCACGGCUUAAGGACGAGGACAAGGUUUUUCGAUCUAACCUUGCCCAUAACCUAGGAUCGGUACCGAAUUUGUUGGACAGAAUGCUUCAGCAUGCGGGGUUAUUGUUCAAACCCCAAGGACGGUCUGAGGCCAGUGGCUCUACCCUCCUCAAUACUGAACUUGUGGGACAUUUGUAUAGAAGCAUGCUAUUCCGCAGUUUUCAGGAACAGGUAGCUUUGUACAAUGAUGGAUACAGCUGUUGCAUUGUGGAACAAGCGAGUGAGCUCCGGACAGCUUCUUUUGAGUCUAGAAGUCUGUACGAUCAAUUUCAAGCCGGAGUUCGCAGAGGUCGGCAACUGUGGAAUGACAAUGGCUACAAGCUGUGGGACAGUGUGGAAGGAGGACUUUCUCAUCAGUGA